AUGGCUUCAUUUCCAAUCUCCUUGCGCCUUCUUGACUCCAUGAAAACGUUGGUUUCAUUCAAGACUUUUCUGAUUUCAGCCUGCAUUUUGUGUAUUUGGAAGCUGUUGCGCCUCAUCAACUCACACAUCUCUGCGCGGAGUUUGAACAACUUCCAGGCCGACAAGUCGUGGGACUGGAAAAAAGAGAUUGUCCUCAUAACUGGCGGCUCCAAUGGCAUUGGUGCGAGAAUAGUGCGCAAGCUUUCAGACCGCGAAGUAGCGGUAGUUAUUUGGGAUAUUGCUGUGUAUCAGCCAUAG